AUGAUCGUCUCUAUUUUUACUUUGGUCUGUUUUUGUCUGGCGACACCGGCUGUUUUAGCGGCACCAGCGAACGGAAUCCCGAUCACACCCAGCUCACUUCCAGUGGUCACAGAUCCGGAUGUCCCAGAUGUCACAGAUGCCACCGACACUCCCUCUCCCUCACCCUCGAUUCCCAUUCACCCAUGUCCGAUGUUCAUGUGCGCUAUGAAUUCGGGAAUGAGAAUCUCGACGGAUAAUCGUCCCCCUCCUUGCGGCUGUCCUCCACUUCCGAUGGGCCCAGGACCGGUGAUCGUUGGAACAACCACGACCCAGAGCCCA